GCCGCCCUUCCCUUUAACACUCGCGUCUUCCUUUGCCGGAAGCGGUAAUGCUGCUCUAGUGAUACAGGAAGCGAAUGAGCAGGGUGCUUUCUCCCAUCUGUGGGGGCAGCGCGUGAGGGGGCAGUUGGGGUUUGGGAGGGGGGAGGGGAAACGAAGGGUUUUUCCAUUUCCUGUUAGACAAGGCGGGGGGGGGGGAAUUGCUUGUGAGAGGGGGAAAGGUGUAGUGUCAGCGAGUCCAUGGCGCCCAGCUGGCGAGGGAACCGAAGAAGCCGGGGCUGAGUGCCCUUUCCGCCCAUGGAACCCGCCCCAGCGGCGGCCACUGAAGAAGUGGUGGGGGUGGAAGAGGAGGUGGUGGAGGCGCCGCCGGUCAUAUACACCAUGGAGAACAAGCCCAUCGUUACGUGUGCUGGAGAUCAGAAUCUCUUCAGUUCUCUGUAUCCCACACUUUCUCAGCAGCUCCCAAGAGAGCCCAUGGAAUGGAGAAGGUCUUAUGGCCGUGCCCCAAAGAUGAUUCAUCUAGAAUCUAAUUUUGUACAAUUUAAAGAAGAACUACUGCCUAAAGAAGGAAACAAAGCUCUUCUGACAUUCCCAUUUCUCCAUAUUUAUUGGACGGAAUGUUGUGACACAGAAGUAUAUAAAGCAACAGUAAAAGAUGAUAUCACCAAGUGGCAGAAUGUUCUGAAAGUUCAUAGCUCUAUGGAUUGGCUAAUUGUGGUGAUAGAAUGUGAUGCCAAGAAAAAAAAUAAAACCAAUAUCCUUCCCCGAACAUCUAUAGUAGAUAAAAUAAGAAAUGACUUCUGUAACAAGCAGAGUGAUAGAUGUGUAGUGUUGUCUGAUCCCCUGAAAGAUUCUUCCCGCUCUCAGGAGUCCUGGAAUGCGUUCCUGACAAAACUCAGGACACUCCUUCUCAUGUCAUUUACCAAAAACUUGGGCAAAUUUGAGGAUGACAUGAGAACAUUGAGGGAGAAGAGGACAGAACCAGGAUGGAGCUUUUGUGAAUAUUUUAUGGUCCAGGAAGAGUUGGCCUUUGUCUUUGAAAUGCUGCAGCAAUUUGAGGAUGCCCUAGUGCAGUAUGAUGAACUAGAUGCGCUGUUUUCCCAGUAUGUUGUCAACUUUGGUGCUGGUGAUGGGGCAAAUUGGCUGACAUUUUUCUGCCAGCCAGUUCGAAGUUGGAAUGGGCUGGUACUCCGCAAACCAAUAGACAUGGAGAAAAGAGAAUUGAUUCAGAACCAGGAAGCCACUCUAUUAGAUUUGCGCAGUUACUUGUUUUCUCGUCAGUGCACAUUGCUCAUCUUCCUUCAGAGGCCAUGGGAAGUAUCUCAGCGAGCACUAGAACUCCUCCAUAACUGUGUGCAAGAGCUAAAGCUCCUUGAAGUCUCUGUUCCUCCUGGUGCUUUGGAUUGUUGGGUGUUCUUAAGUUGCCUGGAGGUUCUGCAAAGAAUAGAAGGCUGCUGUGAUCGGUCUCAGAUUGAUGCCAAUGUUUCCCACACAGUUGGUUUAUGGAGCUAUGCCACUGAAAAGCUAAAAUCUCUGGGUUACUUGUGUGGACUUGUGUCAGAAAAUGAACCCAAUUCAGAAGAUCUUAAUAGAACAGUCGAUCUUCUAGCAGGACUUGGAGCUGAACGCCCUGAAACAGCCAAUACAGCACAGUCUCCUUAUAAGAAACUGAAAGAGGCCUUAUCAUCUGUAGAAGCUUUUGAAAAGCACUAUUUAGAACUUUCCCAUGCCACCAUUGAAAUGUACACAAGCAUUGGAAGAAUCCGCUCAGCCAAGCUUGUUGGAAAGGAUCUGGCAGAGUUCUAUAUGAAGAAGAGGAGUCCCCAAAAGGCUGAAGUGUAUCUUCAAGGAGCAUUAAAAACCUACCUUGGCGAGGGGUGGGCAUUGCUUAUUACGCAUACACGGAAACAACUAGCAGAAUGUCAGAAACAUCUUGGACAAAUUGAGAACUAUCUCCAAACAAGCAGUCUUCUAGCUGCUGAUACUAACUUGGGAGAGGAAGAGCGCAAACACUUUUGCCAAGAGAUCUUAAAUUUUGCCAAACAGCCCACAGAUGGCAAAGGUCAGAAAGUGAUAUUAUCCAUGCAUCCCUUCGCACAGCUGAAGAAUUUACAUUUUGAUCCUCCUAAUGCUGUGGUCCAUGUGGGUGGAAUGUUGUCAAUUGAACUGACAUUGGUAAACCAAAUGCCCAUCACAGUCAACAUUGAUCAGAUUGCCAUCAAUGUCCACUUUAGCAUUGAAAAAAAUAGCUACCGGAAGACAGCUGAAUGGCUCACAAAACACAAGAUUUCCAAUGGUAUUAUCAGCUUUCCAAAUGAGGUUGUAGGUUUCUCUCUCUCAAGGAGUAGCUUGCCUAUGCUGGACUUGUAUGAAAUGUAUGAAAGGAGUCCAUCAGAUAAUUCUUUGAACACAACAGGCAUCAUCUGCAAAAAUGUGCACAUGUUGUUGCGGCGGCAGGAGAGCAGUUCUUCUCUGGAAAUACCUACAGGGCUGACUCUUGAAGAUGGUGCCCAUGUGUUAAAAUGCAACAACAUAAUACUGGAACCAGGGCUCAAUAAAAUAACUUUCAAAACUCAGGGCAAGGAACCUGGGACAUAUACACUCAGGCAGUUAUGCAUUUCAGUGGGCAAAAUGCAGUUUGCCCUUCCUCAUAUUUACCCAAUUGUGCAGUAUGAUGUCUACUCCCAGGAGCCACAGCUAAAAGUGGAACCAUGCACUGACCUUCUUUUGGCUGGGAUUCCGCAGAAGGUAAAAUUUACGGUGACCACUGGCCAUUACACCAUGAAGAACAGUGAUGCCCUGCAGCUUAGUAAUGCUGAUGCUAUGCCAAUCCUGUACCAUCCAGAGAGCAAAGCAGUGAUUUAUUCAAACACCAAGGAAAAGGCAUCAGAAGCAUCACUUAUGAUCCAGUCAUCUGAGAAAAUCACUAGCAUCAGCUUGCCAAUGGCUCCUGCUUAUCAUGUAAUUGCCUUUGAACUUGAAGUUCUGUAUUUACCAUCAACCCCAGUAUGUAUGGUGGAAAAUGAAAAUGUAUGUAAAGAGCUUCAGAGAAAAAGCAAAGAGGAGACUUCUCACAAUCGCAUGGCUACAGUUGACCAAAAAGUAACCAUUGAUUGUCCAUGGUCAAUUUACUCUACAAUUAUUGCACUUACAUUCAGUAUACCCUUUAAGGCCAAAUAUUCCUUAUUAUCAGCAGGCAAAAGAAAAUACGUACAAGUUUGUGUUCAGAACAUGUCCGAAAUCUGUUUUCAUUUAUCUGACAGUAAUCUAAAAAGUUCUGAGAAUUGUACAGAUCUAAUUCUGGAUCCUCUAAAUUCCAAAGCUGAGCAGCAUAUCUAUAGUAAGCAAGCAGUAUUUUUUGUAUGGGAACUGAAGUGGACAAAAGAUCUCCCCUCAUCCUUGCAGUGUCAGUUUUCAGUGAGCUUCCGUCCUGCUCCCUCUGAAGAGCACUCACUUUCUUUGAAGCCGUACAUUUAUGAAUUCCAGUUGGAAAACUUUUUUACAUUAUAUAAUGUGAAAGCUGAGAUUUCCCCCCCAUUGGGGGCAGAAUAUUGUAAAACAGGCUCACUCUGCUCACUGGAAGUGUCAAUUACCCGCCUUUCAGACCUCCUGGAUGUGGAUAAAGAUGAGGCACUAACAGAAUCGGAUGGAUACUGUACAACAAAACUUUUGUAUGAAGUUGUAGAUAACAGUAGUAACUGGGCAGUGUGUGGGAAGAGCUCUGGAGUAAUAUCUAUGCCUGUAGCAGCUGAAGCAACCCACAAAGUACACAUGGAAGUGAUGCCUCUCUUUGCUGGAUGCCUCCCUAUUCCUGAUGUCAGAUUAUUUAAAUACCUCCCUCAUCACUCUGCUCACUCUAUACAGCUUGAUGCUGACAGUUGGAUUGAAAAUGAUAAUCUCUCAGUGGACAAGAAUAUGGAUGAUCAAGCUGACAACAGUAGCAUAAAGAGCAGGAGCAGUGUACACUCAACAACCAGUGCAGAACACAAAGGCUUGCCAAUGCCCCGUCUGCAGUCAUUUUCUCCUGGGCAGGUGUUCAACUCCAGUGCUGGCAUGCAGGUCCUUGUCAUUCCCACCAAGGAUGAUCAUAUUUUAGAGGUUAAUGUCACAUGACAGUUCUUGGUACAUGUGUGUGCACAUACAUACAUGAGACUUGAAUGUGAAUGCACUUUAAGUGAUCAUAAUCUGAUUCUUCUUCGAUGAAACAUUCUAAACGCUAAUGAGGCCUAUAGCAACUCAACGCUUACUGGCCAUGGAAGCAUCCAACAAUUGUAUCAAUUUAAAAUGUACAGUGAAACUUGUGUCAGCUAGUUUAUAUUGCUACUUUAGGGUGUUUUUGUAAAAUGAAUUUUGGUUUCUUCUUUUCCCUCCCCACCUGUCACAUGAUGAAAUGAAAGAUUCUUAUUGCAGUUCGUUCUUUUAAGUUAAGCAGCUUCCAGACUGCUAUUUCUUUGGGAAUACUUAGGUUUCUGUUCAAAGAAUAUUUCAGGUUGAUAUACAAUAAGCCUUGCAGUUUGUUGAUGGCUGAAGUGUGUGCCUUUCUUGUCACACAACUGUCUGGUUUCCUGGACCAGACUAGCUUUCAGAUUUCUGUAUAAUAGCUAUAGGAUUCAGAAUCACUCACUAUCUACAAGAUUUUAAAUAUGUAAAUAUAUUUUCUUGAAGACUUGCUUAACUACUUCUGUGCCUUGAGACAUAUGAAAUUUAUUAGCCUACUAGCACUCUUUUGAAACCAUGCCAUAUACAGAGUUAUUAUGCUAUGUUGUUGGGAAAAUACACAUAAUAAUCUCAUGAUGCAAGUAGUAAAGUGGCACAUAAGUGGUUAAGUUAGGAAUAAAGGUUAAUUGGACCAAUCUUCCCUCCCAAUAGAUAAUUUGUUAAAUAAAUAGAAACUGCUAUAUUGAGCUUGAAUAUAUAGCCUUUAUUAAAUAUGUGUCAUUUGAUAUUUUUUUAAACCAAAGUUUGUUUGUUUCCCUUUCUCAACUACUGUUAACUUAUUUUGGACUACAGAAACUACAGAUAUAAAUAUAUUUGCACCUUAUUCUAGAAAUAAUCUGAGAAGAAGCAAAUAAAGGCAAGAACUAUAGAGAGCUUUAUUUGACUCCUCUUCGAGUCCAGAUAUGGGGAGAUGUAAAGUCCAGUUGAACUUCUUCUGGUCCAGCAGUCAUACCAUACCAACUGAUUAUUUUUCAGUUGUAAAUUUGUGUACAAAUGAUUAUUUUAAAAAGUCUAACUGAUGUAAUUGUGUAUAAUUUACACCAGAAAUCAAUGACAAAAUAAAUGUGUUUUUAUUGAUGUGAAAGUUACAGCUUGUAAAUAAGUCUUAGUGUGUGGAAACUUUUCCAGCUCUCAGAAAUAAUGUAUUUUUGUAAAUAAGCAUUUCUCUGAAAUUCAUUGCUACAAUCUUAGUUGCUGUUCUCUCUUGUUACUGGGUUCCUGCCUCCUUGCAACCUAUGUAGCCCUUAGCCACCUCUAACAGAUGAAUUAAUUAAUUUUACAGCAACAGGAAGAAUAUUUGGUUCAUUCAAUAGGUUUUUAAUAUUCCUGGAGGCUGUAGGAAAGCAAAUCUUUACAAUAAUGUAGUCCUCCUAUAGUGUGGAUUUCCAGCAUUGUGUAUCUCUGUUAAUUGUUUACAACUUUCAUGACUUAAGAGCUCUUGAAGUUUGUUUUUUUUUGCUGGAGCAUGGUAAUAUCCGUGUAUGUUUGUCAAAAGUACUUUAUUGUGGAACGUAAAAUAAGUUUCCUAUGUAGUCUUGAAAUUUACACUUCAGUUUCAAUAUUAUGCUCAUGAAUGACUCAUCAGUUUGGUAACUUGGUUUGGAUUACUGGAUUUUUUUUUCAACUAAACAACUUUUAUUUUUGCAAUUGAAUCACCUGUUUUUAUAUUGUCUUUUCAUUUACUAUAUAAGAAUUAUUGAGACUACACAAUGUCAGAACAUACACACUUAAUUUUUCACUGCAACUACAAAAAUAUUUAAACUGGGGAUUUUUUUUCUGCACAGGGCACGAGUUAAAAAGUAAAAUAUAAAAAGUACAAUUUCAGUGUAUUAAAUUAUUUGAUUUAUUGUGAACAGACCAUAAACAAGAUAGUUUUAUUUAGCAGUUAGCCAUUAGCCCCUCUUGCCUAGUUUUAAAGAAGAAUAAAUUUGCGCAACUAUGUUGAAACUGAUGAACUUCACUAAAAUGCCACAUAAGCUUAUCACUACUUGAGAGACAUUUGUGUACAUUAGGGAAGGGGAUUGGUUUCUGGAUACAAAUGUAAAUAAUUGAUUCAAAAUUUGAAAUAUGUGUAUCUUAAAAGAAUUCUAUUAUUUAUAGAUAUCUGUUAAGUUUGUAAAUACUAUCAAAUGGGUUAAAGGAGUAUAAUUUUUAUGAAUUUCACAGACCUUUUUGUGACUGGAAAAAUUAACUCCUAGUAUAGAAAUUGUUGAAGUUAAUGUGAGAUUGUGGUAUUUCUUACCUGCAGCUCUGUAAGAUUCUGUUAUUAAAAUGAUCCUGUAAGGAUUAAACAUACACAAGCAGAAUAGUAGGGGAAGGAUUUAAAACAGAUUUAAGAACUGAACUUGUCAUGGAAAAGAAACUGGAAAGCAAGCUAGUGGAUAAAAAGUGAAUAAAAAUCUUGAAUAUUUUAAACAAUAA